AUGCAGCAGCAGGGGCUACUGCAACAGGAGCUGCUGCAACAGGAGCUGCUGCAAGAGGAGCUGCCGCAACCGGAGCUGCAGCAACAGGAGCUUUUGCAACAGGAGCUGCAGCAACAGGAGCUGAUGCAACAGGAGCUGCUGCAACAGGAGCUGCUGCAACGGGAGCUGCAGCAACAGGGGUUGGAGCAGCAUAAGCAGCAGCAGGAGCUGCUGCAACAGGAGCUGCAGCAACAGGCGUUGGAGCAGCAUAAGUUGCAGCAGCAGGAGCUGCUGCAGCAGGAGCUGCUGCAGCAGGAGCUGCUGCAACAGGAGCUGCUGCAACAGGAGCUGCUGCAACCGGAGCUGCAGCAGCAGGAUUUGCAGCAGCAGGAGCUGCUGCAACCGGAGCUGCUGCAACAGGAGCUGCUGCAAUAG